AUGGUUUUAAUCGACUUGCAGAAAGUCCUAUCCACUUUGGGAUUAGUAUCUUCUAUCGCUAAGCCUAUACCUCUAGUCGGAGGUUUAGCAGGAGGAUUGCUUGAUUCUGCAGGUGGUGUAGUUGGAAGUGUUGGUGGGUCUACUGGAUCCCUCAAUGGUCUUUUGGGUGGAAGUACGAAUGGUAUAAUUGCAGCUGUCAAUAUUGGAGAUGAUUACAACUCGACAAAUAUCGAUUCUGAUUCUGACACAACCAAUUCGACCACGACAACGACAAUAACGAGCGACAAUUCAACAAGUUCAGGAGGGGAUGUCGUAUCUGCUCAAAGUUCAGAUACAUCAUCAUGUAGUAUAACACCAUAUUCACCACCUUCCCCAGUGGUUCUAGAGGGCUUUGCACCUUAUGAUGCGAAUAAAGCCUUGAUUUAUAGAUAUCGACAACAACAAUCGGUAAAUCUAGGAUCUUGGUUCGUCCAAGAACAAUGGAUGAAUCCUUCUUUAUUCACUUGCGCAAGUGGGAACAAACAAGCUGAAUUUGAUGUUGCGAACGGCUGGGGAAGUGUCGAUAAUGCUAGACAAGUAUUGGAAAGGCAUUGGGAUGAAUGGAUCACAGAAGAUGAUUUCAAAUAUCUAGCUAGUAUCGGUAUCAAUACAGUCAGAUUACCUAUCGGAUAUUGGUCACUCGGUCCUGUCUAUUGUCAAGGAACAGCAUUCGAAUCUGUUUCUGCUGCCUAUGUAAAUUCUUGGCCGAGAGUUGUUCGAGCUAUCAACUGGGCUGAGAAAUACGGUCUUGGUGUACUUGUCGAUUUACACGGUGCACCCGGAAGUCAAAAUGCACAAGCUCACUCUGGUGUUUCCGAUGGUCAACAAAACCUUUUCAACAAUCCAACGAAUGUUCAACUCACGAUCAAUAUCCUAACAUACUUGACUCAACAACUCGUCAAAGUCAAUAAUGUUGUUGGUAUUCAAAUCUUGAAUGAGCCAAGUAACGUCGAUAGUUUACCUUCUUUCUAUUCACAAGUGAUAGAUGUUCUUCGUCAAGUUUCACCUGAAGCCGCAGCUUUCCCAUUCUACAUCAAUGACGCUUUUGAUAUGUCUAGAUUUGCAGAUUACAUUUCUACGAGAAAAGAUUUCGUUGUAUUGGACCAUCACUCUUAUUUCGUUUUUGAUGAUGCCAAUUCUCAAGCUACUCCAGCUUCACAAUUGGUAGCUUCCCUUCAACCUGGUCAAGGUAGUUUAUCACAGCAAAUCAUAGGUGUCGCCGCUGAAGAAAGAAGAAAUAUUGUCAUUGAUGAGUUUUCAUGUGCUCUUUCCAAUCAAGCUUUGUCAAACUCACAAGAUCAACAAGGGGAUAGAAGACAAUUCUGUACAGGUCAAAUGGAAAGCUACACUAACGCUACAGCAGGUUACAGUUUCUGGAGUUACAAAACCGAGAACUGUGCUUCCGAUGUUAAUUGGUGUUUCACUUCGGCUGUCGGUUCUACUCUUCCGACUACUUUCUUCUCGUAUCCCAACUCGACCAUUCAAGCUAUUCAAGGUGGAGCCACGUCUUCUCCUCCACAAGAUCCUACAACCGACACUUCCUUCUUAUCAUUCGGUACUUCGUCUCCGUCCGAUGCCAAUGAUUACGCGCCUCCUACCACAGAUGAUUGGUUAGCUGCUAUGGGUGCCAGUGAUCCUGAAUUCGAUCAAGUCACUGCAGCUUUGGCAACUACCGAAUUUGAUUCUGCACCAAACUCUAUUCCUUCUGCUGCCAUCACAGCGUCCUCUUCUUCCGAGACUGCUUCUUCCACAUCAGUUCCUGAUUCUACCACUACUACACUUUGGUCAGGGUUAUCUACCGGUUUCCCUUCCAUUCCAACUGCUGAUGACGCCGCUCAAGCUGCGUUCGCUUUUGAUUCAAGUAUCAAUUCCGCUACUAUACCUUCAUCUCGAACCCAACUUGAGCAAAUUGGCGCUAAGAAGCGAUCAUUAUCCUUGACUUCAUUACCUCAAAGAGCUUUCCUCUUAUCUUCUUCAUUGCAAAGACAUCGAUUCGUAGCUCGAUCCGCCAGAGUCCACUCUCGAAGACACUCAAAACCCAUUCGAAGAGAUGUCGCAGAUGGUGAAAGUGCGGUAGUGUACACUCCUGAACAAGCUGCUAUCGCCAAGGGUUACGCAGAUGGAUGGAAAGCAGCCAAGACUUUCGCCGCCUUUGACAAUUCAAGAUUAGGUUUCACCGGGCAAUUUAUCUCUGACGCUUUGAAUGCGAUGGAUAAUAAGAUCGUGAGCGGUGACGAGGGAUUCUAUAAGACUUGGUUCAUGAAAGGUCUCGCCGAUGGAGAAGUCCAAGUCAUCAAGCUUCUUGCUAUGCAAUCCCAAGGGCCUCAAUAG